ACGUGGAUUACGAAUAGAUUAAGCACCAUCCGUUCUCCGCCCACAGUUUCUUGUGAGCUCGCUUCUCUUUGGAAGUUCCAAAGUCUUUGUAAUACGAGUGAAGGUGAAUGGCUUCCAUUUUCGCUGCGCCGCCGUCUCGACUGAAUCUCACUUCUCGCCCAAGUUUGAUUCACGGAGCUGUUCUUCCCUCCUCCAUCGCCGGCAUUCAAUAUCACUCCAAUGCCUUUCCAAUUCCUUCUUUCAGGUACAGGAACACCAAAGGAUUGGAAUUGAGUCCAAGAUCUUUUUCUAUAACAGCCUCAAAUUCCUCAGACGGAAAUUCCAUCGAGGAGGAAAAUGGUUCGAGUAAAGCAAGUAGUGACGCCCAAGGUCCUCCAUUUCUUACUAUCUUGGCUGGAAUCUUUGUCUUUUCCCUCCUACUCUGGAUGCUCAGUUCUGCUGCCACUUCACUUAUAGGUCUAGUCGUCAAGCUGAUCUCAACAUAGUAUGCCAUUAUUGGCAUAAUUCAUGUUGCCUUAGAAGCUUAAAUCCGUGUGGUUAUAUUCCUAUCACACAACUCACUUUUUAGCUAGUUUUUUUAGCUUACUUCUAAUGAAUAGUUUUUAUUUUCAUCUCUUUUAUGCCUUGCUUCAGCCUUCAACUCUGUUUAAUUGUGAGGAAGGCAUUCUUCACAGGCAGGUGACUCCAUAAACUAUAAUUAAAUGGACUUAACGUAUUGUGUA